CAUUUCAAGAGAAUCAACAAAUUUAUUGACAUUUACAUCCGUUAUGAAAUGUAUUUAAGCAGAGUUGUCGCAACGUAUACGCCACAAGACGAUUAUCAAACUGCAGUGCUACCGAUUAACCUACUUAUUACCGUGGACUGAUUAUGAAGCAGCUUGUUGCGUUGUUUUUGGUUGUGUCGUUGUCGCUAUGCCAAGCUGCCCCGUCGCUAUUUGGUGGUUUGUAUAACCUUUGUAGGGGGUCUGAAUGGAGUGCAUGGAGCUCGAGGGAUAGCCUGUUUGAAUGCAGUACUGUCACACGAUCCCGAAAAGUAAGAGAAGGAUUCAGAUGCGUUGAUGAAGUAGAGUCCGAUAGAAGGUGUAGUCCCCCUGAUGCAUUUGAAACUGCCAGCUCCAUAAACACAAACUUCUUCGGACGAUUCGCAGAUACCGGUUCAUUUUUCGCUGCCUCAAAUGGUAAUCCACCUCCCAUCGAUCUUCUGUUUGUCAUUGAUAAAAGUGGGAGUAUUGGUCAAAGCGACUUUAACAAAAUUAUUGAACAUAUCAAGGAACUAGUUGAUCUAUUUACUGUGGAGAUCUCAGUAGACAAGACAAGGGUAUCUGCAAUUUCGUACUCCAGUUCCAACAAAGUAGACCUAGAUUUCAAUUUUAGACGCUGCCUAUUCGAGUCAAGCAGCGCCAGCAAAACUUGUAUUAAGAGUGAAAUUGAUAAAAUCGAUUUUGAAGGUGGCUCAACGCACACCACCAAAGCUUUAGUGAAGGCCAGAGACGAGGCGUUUAAGUCAUUCCACGGUUCACGUACAAACAGUCACAAGGUCCUAUUUUUAGUGACUGAUGGUCGGUCCAAUGGUAAUGGCCCGCUUGUAGAGACAGCUAACUCACUGAAAAAUGACGAUGUCGAAAUCUACGCGCUAGGCGUGACAUCGGAUGUCGUAGAAGCAGAACUUCGCAGUAUUGUGUCAGACCCGAUACCCGAUCAUCUGUUCUACUAUGAUACGUUCAAUGCUGUCAGCCAGGGAACCGACAUUCUUAUAAGUAUGGCCAGGGGCGAUAGCUUCGGCUUUCAGGAUGAUGCCGGUUUCUUCGGCAUCUCAUUUUAAUAAGUACGAUCUAUCAAACUAACGACGGUUAUUAUAUAACAAUGAAGUGGCGUUCGUAUAUGCAAUUUCUAUGAAACUUUAUUAUUAUUUUAUAAUAUAGAUGCACAUACGACAAUUGCAAACAACAACAAAUAUUUUUUUUAUUUGCAUUAUAUGCUUAAUCGUAUUUGAUAUUUGACAAUGUACAAAACUGUCUGGGUAACGCGAAAUAUGAACUUGAAAGUUCUACUGUAAUAUAUUGAUUUUUGCAAUUUGCGUGAUUGUAUAACUUAUUCUUAGAAUUAUAUUUUAUAUACUAUUUUGAUUUCUGUUAGUCCAAUUUUAAUAUUAAUGAAGCCAGAAGGCAAAAAUAUUAUUAACCAAAAAACGUAAUGUAAAUAAUGUAUUGUUUUCUUUAAUAAAUAACGUAUUUGUUAUGUAAA